AUGUCUUGGUGGGUAAUCAUAGGUGGGACCAAACCUGGCAUUUACCAUGGGUGUCCAUAUAUCCUUUGUGGGAGGUCAUCACCUCCACUCCCCAUCACCAUUGAGUGUACUUCCAUGGACAAGGCAAAACUUGUCAUGCAAACAUUGGAUAGCAUCUUACAACCAAUACUACCUGAACCGACCACCCAUGACUUGGUCACCUUCCUCAACAAGUUGCCAGCAGUUCAAGACCUCCUCAAAGACACAGGUGAUAGUUUCUACACAGUUGUUGUCAGAAACCCCCCUGGUGUUCAUCGCACUGAAGAAGGAGCCAAUCAUGUGGGGAGCUCAUUUCAUUGGGCAAAAUGGAAACAGACCAACACACUUCAUGAGGCCUUAGUGUAUAUGGCAGUGAAGGGCAUUGAGGAUCAACUACCAUGA